CAGCCCCACCCCAAGCUUGACCUACACCUGUGUACGACGCUCACAAGAAUUGCCCAAGCAAUCUCACUUUCAGUCACUCUCAUCUUAUCGUCGACUGAACACUUUCUCCAGCCUCUCUCGUUACUUUAACUGACCUGGUACUUUUCCAUACGUUUCCUACCAACUUCUUGCUGUGUGAUAACCUUCAGUGCUCUCAACUUGCUACCCAGUGAUGAGAAUCUUACAGAUGAAGUUGACAACGAUGUGUGCUUUGGUGGCGACGUUGAUAUUGGUCAUUAAGGGAAAGUUAUCUCCACCUGAGAGGUCCUACAGGAUCCUGAUGCUCCUGCCAUUCUCCUCCAGGAGUCACAAGAACGUCUUCAUGCCUCUCGCUGUGGCUCUGGCCGACCGUGGGCAUAAAAUUGUAAUGUUGACCAACCAUCACAAGUCGUCCAAACAUCCUAACAUAGUAGAGGUUCCUCACAACCUAACAUACACCAAGGAGGACUCGAUAAAUAUUUUCCACGACAGGGUGACCCCAACUGGGGUCUUUCAAUUUAUGGCGAGAGUGUUGCCAGCUGCUGCUAGGGAUAUAUACAAAAUAUCCGCCGUGAAGAACUUGUAUAAUAGGAGGAAGGAAUUUGGAAAUUUGUAG